GCAUCAGUUUCUCCAGCUCUUCUUCUUCACAUUGGAUGUUCCAGACCCUCUCCCUCUCUCUCCCUGGUUCUAAUUCAAUACAGAAAAAAAUCAAAGAUGGCAUCGCCAUUAUUGAGAACAUCAUCAUCAACAUCAUCACUACCUUCAGCUACUUCGAGUAGAAUCAGGGUUUCAUCUUCAACAACCAGAGAAGGUACAGCUAAAGCAACAGUAAACGAACAUUUAUCUCAAGCUAUUCAAUCUACUUCUAAUCUCUUACAACUCAUGCAACAAUCUUCUCCUUCCCAGGCUCAUUUGUUAAAGCUUCCGAAAAAUUUAUUGGCGAAAACAGCUACAAUCAAGAACACAGCACAAGUAUUAGAACAGAUGCCUCGGGUCAUUUCAGCGCUGGAUGCCCAUAUGGAAAGUGGACUACAGAGUGUUCCACAUUUGAAGACUGUGACACAGUUACUAUCAACGAUGGAAAGCACCCAGCUUCAGCAUUCCCUACGUGUUCGUCAGCCUCAAGAGGUAGCUGGGGAAGCCGAUAAACUUACAGAACCACAUAGCUGAGUAUUGAGUAGGGUUUGGGAAAAGUAGUCCUCUAAUUCCCUCGACUCUUAUACGUGAUCAACUUGCUCAAAAGAAAAUUAUACAAGGUGUGUUAUUGUUGAAAAAGUUAUCUGAAGAUUGGCCUUUUAUGUCAAAUUGUCUUACUCCUCCAGAAUUGGCUGGUUUGCUCCCUCUCAUGUGAAUCAUGUAGGAUAGAAAUAGAAACCAUGUUAUUUUUGAAAAAGCUAUCUGAACUGGUUUCUUGGUCUUUGCUAAGUCAAAUGAUUAACACAUCUGAAUGAACAAUGAAAAGAGAAUUCAAGCAGUGAGUGUUACUUUGGGUGUACCAUUGUCAGAAAUCAUACAGAAUGUGUUCAAACAUAGAAUUAGGCGAUCCUUUGUAACCUUUUGCUGUAGUCUUGUUGGGCGUUGGAAGGAAUACAAUAUGACAUGAUGUUAUGGUCAAUGUUGUGAAAUUAGUUCCGACUGGUUAUGCCGAAGUUUGUUCUAGUAUAUGCUUGAUUGUAAUCUUCUUAUGUUAGUUUUCAAAUUGCAGUCUCUUUUCAAUUAUCUGCAGAUCGAAAGGUAUCAUAUUUGUUCAGUCA